GCACCAAUUACUCAUUCUUUAUCCUGACGCUAAGCAGAAUGGACUUCAGUAAUAAGGUUGUCUUAAUAACUGGUGCAAGCGGCGGCAUUGGUGCUUCUUGUGCUCUUCGAUUUGCUGCAUUAAAUGCCAACUUAUCCUUAGUCGGCAGGAACGUGGAAAAUCUUAACAACGUUGCUGGAAAAUGUGAAGAACUAAAAGGGAAUAGACCCCUUACAAUUAAAGCUGACAUCAGCAUAGAUGAUGAUGUUCAACGGAUUAUUGUAGAAACAAUAGAUCGCUAUGGAAAGCUGGAUGUUCUUGUUAACAACGCCGGAUUCCUCAUCAUGUCAGAUAUCACAGGCGAUAUAAAGGACUUCGACAAAAUGAUGGCAACAAACAUCCGUGGAACAUAUCUACUUACUCAGAAAGCUGUACCUUAUUUGGUGGAAACCAAAGGUAACAUUGUAAAUGUAUCAAGCGUCGUCUCCAUGAUGCCUAUACUCCGUAUGAUGGCAUAUUCCAUGACGAAGGCAGCCAUGGAUAUAUUCACCAAGUGCACAGCUUUGGAACUUGGCCCGAAAGGAGUGAGAGUGAAUAUGGUUAAUCCAGGACCAGUUAACACGAACCUGUUCAAGGCAAACUCGCUAAGCCACGAACAGAACGAGCUAGAACUUGAAAAAAUAGCAGAAGUUAUACCUUUAAAGAGAAUUGUAGAAAGCAAUGAUGUGGCCAAGCUAAUUUCGUUUUUGGCCAGUGAAGAUGCCAACUCUAUCACGGGAGCGAGUCAUGUAAUUGAUUGUGGAUUAAUUUUAGGGAAUCCGAAUGCCUAAUUUUGAAAAAAGUGUGUUUUUUUUCUUUCAUAAAUAGACCGUUGAACCAGUUAAAUGAUAUGUAGUAGCCGUCGCAUCAUACACACACUCCGCUGACUCUUUGACCCACAAUGUGUUAUUAAACCCAUCGGGGAGCGUUCAAGUAUUACGUAACGCAAUUUUUGGAGAUUAUUGGACCCCCCCCCUGUACCUCGCCGUAACGUUUUUCAGUACCCAAGUACAGUACUGUACCCAA